AGCACGUAAACUACUGACUGACUGACUGACUGGCUCACUGACAGUAUUCCCCAAGGAGUGACUCCCAACUCAUUGCUUCCUUUUCCCUUCCCCUUUCCCUCAUCUCCUUGUGGAUAAGGCCUCCAACUGCAACUGCAAUUGCAUUUGCAUUGCAUGCCCCCCUCCCUCUCUCUCUUUUUCUGUCACUUGCCUUCAUGCAUGGCAAUGGCAUAGCAGCUGAUGGUCAUCAACUCACGAGAUCCACUCUUCUCCACUCUCUCUCUCUACACACACACACACAUAUAUAUAUAUCCCCCUUAGCACCUUUCCCUCAUUCAUUCCAUCUUAUCUCAUGUUCACCUCAUCUCAUCCAUCAAUCUCUAGCCUCCUUCAUAAUUAAUUAAUUAAUUAAUUAAUUAAUUAAUUAAUCCACAGCAGUUAAUCACAAUUAAUAAUGGAGGUUGAAUCAGUCAAGCAGCAGUCUUCUUCUCCCUGGCCAAAGCCCAGCCCUCCCCCUCCCCCUAGCCCCCAGAGGAUGAUCAUCACCGUGGCCUCCAUUGCCGCUGGCAUCCAGUUCGGCUGGGCCCUCCAGCUCUCCCUCCUCACCCCUUACGUUCAGCUCCUCGGCAUCCCCCAUACCUGGGCUGCCUUCAUCUGGCUCUGCGGCCCCAUCUCUGGCAUGGUCGUCCAGCCUGUAGUCGGCUAUCACAGCGACCGCUGCACCUCCCGCUUCGGCCGCCGCCGCCCCUUCAUCGCUGCCGGCUCUGCCCUUGUCGCCACCGCCGUCUUCCUCAUCGGCUUCUCCGCUGACUUAGGCCACCUCUUUGGCGACCUCAACAACCGCACCCCUAAGCCCCGUGCCAUCGCCGUCUUCGUCGUCGGCUUCUGGAUCCUCGACGUUGCCAACAACAUGUUGCAGGGCCCUUGCCGGGCGCUCCUGGCGGACCUGGCGGCUGCGAGCCAGAGGAAGACCCGAAUUGCCAACUCCUUCUACGGCUUCUUCAUGGCGGUGGGGAACGUUCUCGGGUUUGCUGCAGGCUCCUACACCCACCUAUACCGCCUCUUUCCAUUCACAAGAACCAAAGCCUGCGACCUCUACUGCGCCAACCUCAAGUCCUGCUUCUUCCUCUCCAUCGCACUCCUCCUCUCCCUCACUGCCCUCGCCUUGUCCACCGUCCCCGAGAAGCCCUUCUCCUCCGACGAUAUUAGUAUUGAUUCCAAGAACACCACCGCCCCAGCUGCCGCCGCCGCUGCUGUGCCCACCUCAUCAUCAUUGGAGAUCGAGGAGGAUGCAGGGGAUGGGGUGGUAACUAAUAGUAAUAAUAACAAUAAUAAUGGAUAUUCAUCAUCCUCUGUCGUCAAGCAAUUAGAAGCGCCCGUCCCCUUCUUCUGCCGGGAAAUAUUUGGUGUCUUGAGGAGUUUAAAGCGCCCCAUGUGGACCCUGCUCUUGGUGACGGGUCUCAACUGGAUUGCUUGGUUCCCCUUCCUCCUGUUUGACACUGACUGGAUGGGCCGGGAAGUGUACGGCGGGAAGGUCGGUGAAGGCGGGGCCUACGCUGCCGGUGUACGAGCAGGAUCGCUGGGCCUGAUGCUCAACUCAGUGGUGUUGGGCGUCAUGUCUCUCGCGGUGGAGCUGCUUGCCCGUGGGGCAGGCGGCGUCAAGCGGCUGUGGGGCUGUGUCAAUUUCCUGCUGGCCCUCUGCUUGGGCCUGACUGUGCUCAUCACCAAGCUGGCUGACUCCACCCGGAGGUUCUCAGCCGGCGAGCCCCUGCCGCCUCCUGGGCCCGUGAAGGCCGGUGCACUGGCCCUCUUUGCACUGCUGGGGAUACCCUUGGCUGUGACUUACAGUAUCCCAUUUGCUCUGGCGUCGAUAUUCUCCAAUUCCUCCGGUGCAGGCCAAGGACUUUCGCUCGGAGUUUUGAACCUUGCAAUUGUUAUUCCCCAGAUGUUGAUAUCGGUGAUAAGCGGACCAUGGGAUGCACUGUUUGGAGGAGGGAACUUGCCAGCUUUUGUGGUGGGGGCAGUGGCGGCCGCAGUCAGUGGCCUGCUGGCGAUAACGUUGCUCCCUUCUCCGGUCCCGGAUGAUGUUCCUCCGUCAGCGAAAACAACCGUCCUUGCUGGAAGCCCAACAACAACAACAAGAGCAGCAGUAGCAACAGCAACAACAAUGUCAAUUGAGUCCAUGACCAUUUCCAAUUAAUCAGUUAUAUUAAUAAUUGGGCGCUGUUGCUUCCUUCUUACUAUGAUCGAUCUCAGCUCGUGAUUAAUAUAUAUAAUAUAUGUAGUCUUUAAUCAAUUGACCGUGCAACUGUGUAUAUGCAUAUAUGGCUUCUUGUCUUCUUUUAAUAAAAUGCAGCCAUCCAUGUAUAUGCAUUUUCAUCAGAAUCAGCAAUUAGCUAAUAUAUAUAUAAAUUGAAGAAUGAGGAUGGAAAUAAUAAAUAAAUAUAAAGUCAACCAGAUAUUUGAUAUGUUAUCUCCUAAUCUAUUUAUAUUAUAUUAAAGUUGGCUCCUAAAGAGACAUCCGUUCGAUAAAUGAGAGCUUGUCACGUAAGCUUUUUCUUUCAUUUCUUGACUUAUCAUCACAUGUCUUUUCAAAUGAUUCUACAUGAAAAUAUAUCUAUUACAAUAAAGAUCAAUUUAUUUUCUACCAUUUUCGUUAUGGAUAUAAGUUGCUCUACAUUAUUACUUUCAUAAGGUAAUUAUUAUUUCCCUAAUAAAUUAGUCUACAAUGUCUAAUCGAAUAAUUAGUCUACAAUAUAUUUCUUCUUAUUCGGUUUUUGCAGGUUCAUCGUCUCCUCCCUCCUCCUUGGUCACAACCCUUGCAGCCACGAUCCUCCUGUCCCUCCAUCGGCUCUACACCUCUCCUCCUGGGCCACCACCCUUGCGGCCCUGAUGCUCUUCAUCAUCAGCUUGACGACCUUGCAAUUUGAUUGGGAUCCGUUCAGUCUGCGCCAAUUGUUUCUCAUUGCGUUAUCCUUUGCUUUUGCAGGUGCAUCUACUGCUAAUUUGAGCUUCGAUGGUGGAUUCGUCUUGGAAUUCACCUCAAGGCAUGAAAUGAGAUUCGUUGGUAGAGCUGAUGCUUGUUGCAUCUCCAACUAGAACAUCAAAAUCUCUCUGUUCAGGAUUACUAUCCUGUUCUCGGUCUACCUGGAAAUGCCAGCAAAUCUGAUCAAAACUAAAAGGGGGACACUAGAGACGAUGCUGCUGGCGUCUUGAUGGCGCGCAGUCCAAGAAGAAUUGUCUUAUCGUCAAAUCCGUCAUUGUAGUAUGCCCUCUCAUGAACGAUGAUUUACUUUAUAUGCGAAUAUGUGUAUAUUGAUCUAUUUGAGAUUACGCUUUUCCCAUUAUAGUGCUGAAUUAUUUAUUAGGUAGGUAAAACUGGAGGCGUCCGGUUUCUAUUAUGUGUUUUAGACAUACUUUCAUUAUGUGUUUUGUACUUUAUAUUAGAGAACUUUAAGUUAGGCUCUUAGUCCAUCAUUUAUAAAGAAGAACCGUUUAUAACAUA